UUCAGUAUAUUAUCACUUUAUCACCAAGCCACCAACCGUAUACAUUCUUUUAUGGAACCAAAAUAAAAAACAUUACCUCUCUGUAGCCUUCUGCCUUUCCAACAACCCCAUUUGCUUGCUUCAUUAACUUCUUAUUCUUAAGUUUGUGAGAGCCCGUGUUUCGCUCUAUCUCUGUGCAUUCAUGGAACGUGCAAGGAGGGUCGCGAACCGGGCAAUCCUUAAACGCCUGGUUAAUGAGUCGAAGCAGUCCCGCCACCACCAUGAAUCAUCAUUGAACUCUUCAAAGUCUACUGCUUUGUGCACACCUUCAAGGUAUGUCUCUUCAUUGUCACCAUUUGUGUCCAGAAAUACAAGAUCAGACUUGUUACCGUCUAGAAACGUGUCUUAUAAUGGUGUAGUUCAUGGUCUCGGGUCACAAACUCGAUCCAUCUCUGUUGAGGCUCUGAAGCCAAGUGAUACUUUCCCUCGUCGCCAUAACUCAGCAACCCCUGAAGAACAAACCAAAAUGGCUGAGUUAUGUGGUUUUGAUAACCUUGAUUCACUUGUUGAUGCUACUGUGCCAAAAUCUAUACGAAUUGAUUCAAUGAAGUUUUCUAAGUUUGAUGAAGGUUUAACUGAAAGCCAAAUGAUUGAACACAUGCAAUACUUGGCAUCAAAGAACAAGGUUUAUAAGUCAUUUAUUGGUAUGGGGUACUAUAACACUUCUGUUCCACCUGUGAUUUUGAGGAAUAUAAUGGAGAAUCCGGCCUGGUACACACAGUACACUCCUUACCAAGCCGAAAUAUCUCAAGGAAGACUUGAGUCUUUGCUUAAUUUCCAAACAGUGAUCACAGAUCUUACUGGAUUGCCUAUGUCGAAUGCCUCAUUGCUUGAUGAGGGAACGGCUGCUGCUGAGGCAAUGGCAAUGUGUAAUAAUAUACUAAAAGGAAAGAAGAAGACAUUUAUUAUUGCUAGCAAUUGCCACCCUCAAACCAUUGAUAUUUGUGUUACUAGAGCGGACGGAUUUGAUCUGAAAGUUGUUGUUUCAGAUCUUAAGGAUAUUGAUUACAAAUCGGGUGACGUUUGUGGGGUUCUGGUUCAGUAUCCAGGCACUGAGGGUGAAGUUUUAGAUUAUGGGAACUUUAUUAAGAAGGCUCAUGCUAAUGGGGUUAAGGUUGUUAUGGCAUCAGAUUUGUUGGCAUUGACAGUGUUGAAGCCUCCGGGUGAAUUGGGGGCUGACAUUGUUGUUGGCUCUGCUCAGAGGUUUGGUGUGCCAAUGGGGUAUGGAGGCCCUCAUGCAGCAUUUCUGGCUACCUCCCAGGAGUACAAAAGGAUGAUGCCCGGGAGAAUUAUUGGUGUUAGUGUUGAUUCUUCAGGGAAGCCUGCUCUCCGCAUGGCGAUGCAGACAAGGGAGCAGCAUAUCCGCAGGGAUAAGGCUACCAGCAACAUCUGCACUGCUCAAGCAUUACUUGCAAACAUGGCGGCUAUGUUUGCUGUUUAUCAUGGACCUGAGGGCCUUAAAACCAUUUCCCAAAGGGUCCAUGGUCUUGCCGGGACAUUUGCACUUGGGCUGAAAAAACUUGGGACAGUGGAAGUCCAGGACCUUCCCUUCUUUGACACUGUGAAAGUGAAGUCUGGGGAUGCUCAUGCCAUUGCCCAUGCUGCGUACAAAAGUGAAAUUAAUCUCCGGGUUGUGGACUCCAACACUAUCACUGUUUCUUUCGAUGAAACAACUACCUUGGAGGAUGUUGAUAAGCUUUUCAAAGUUUUCGCUGGUGGCAAACCUGUUUCAUUCACUGCCGCAUCACUUGCAGAAGAGGUUCAGAGUGCAAUUCCUUCUGGGCUAACAAGGGAGAGCCCAUUUCUGACACACCCCAUCUUUAACAUGUACCACACAGAGCAUGAGUUGCUUAGAUACAUUCAUCGAUUACAAUCAAAGGAUCUCUCAUUGUGCCACAGUAUGAUUCCAUUGGGAUCUUGUACAAUGAAAUUGAAUGCAACAACUGAGAUGAUGCCAGUGACAUGGCCUAACUUCGCUAACAUCCACCCUUUUGCCCCCGCUGAACAGGCUCAGGGUUAUCAGGAAAUGUUUACAGAUUUGGGUGAACUUCUGUGUACCAUUACUGGCUUUGAUUCUUUUUCUUUGCAACCUAAUGCUGGUGCUGCUGGUGAGUAUGCUGGGCUGAUGGUUAUCCGCGCAUAUCACAAGUCAAGAGGAGACCAUCACCGUAAUGUAUGCAUUAUACCUGUUUCUGCGCACGGGACAAAUCCUGCUAGUGCUGCAAUGUGCGGGAUGAAGAUUGUCGCUGUUGGAACAGAUGCAAAGGGGAACAUCAACAUUGAACAGUUAAGGAAGGCUGCAGAAGCUAAUAAGGAUAACCUAUCAGCUCUUAUGGUCACAUACCCUUCAACUCUUGGAAUCUAUGAGGAAGGUAUAGAUGAGAUAUGUAAGAUAAUUCAUGAUAAUGGAGGCCAAGUAUACAUGGAUGGGGCUAACAUGAAUGCUCAGGUUGGUCUGACAAGCCCUGGGUACAUUGGAGCGGAUGUUUGCCACCUCAAUCUUCACAAAACAUUUUGCAUUCCUCAUGGAGGUGGCGGUCCUGGUAUGGGUCCUAUUGGUGUGAAGAAACAUUUGGCACCUUUUCUGCCUUCACAUCCAGUGGUACCCACUGGUGGAAUACCUGCCCCUGAGAAGACCCAACCCCUGGGUGCCAUUUCAGCUGCACCUUGGGGCUCUGCACUUAUCUUGCCAAUCUCUUAUACUUACAUAGCCAUGAUGGGGUCUGAGGGACUUACUGAUGCUUCUAAGACAGCUAUUCUGAAUGCAAACUACAUGGCAAAACGUUUGGAGAACCAUUAUCCCAUUCUUUUCCGCAGUUUCAAUGGAACAUGUGCUCAUGAAUUCAUUGUGGACUUUAGACCGUUUAAGAAUACUGCUGGGAUAGAGCCUGAAGAUGUUGCCAAGCGUCUGAUAGACUAUGGAUUCCAUGGACCAACAAUGUCAUGGCCUGUUCCAGGCACACUCAUGAUUGAGCCAACUGAAAGUGAAAGCAAGGCAGAGUUAGACAGGUAUUGUGAUGCUCUUAUCUCCAUUAGGGAAGAAAUUGCACAGAUUGAGAAAGGAAAGGCUGAUAUCCACAACAAUGUCCUGAAGGGAGCACCUCAUCCACCAUCUUUGCUCAUGGGAGAUGCAUGGACAAAACCAUACUCUAGGGAAUAUGCAGCCUUCCCCGCUUCCUGGCUCCGCGCUGCUAAGUUCUGGCCUAGUACUGGGCGUGUCGAUAAUGUUUACGGUGACCGCAACCUAAUCUGCACCCUUCAACCAGCUUCACAUUAUGCCGAGGAACAGGCAGCAGCUACUGCUUAGUCUUCAUCACUGUGCCCUCUGUUUGAUGCAAGGUUUCUUGAAGAAUAUGGAAGUUGAAAGGCCUAUCUCUAUGAUGUCGUUUGUAUAUAAGUUAUUAAUACCUAGCCCUAUGCCCCAGUGCAGCUAUUGACUUUCCUUCCCUUGAUUUACUGGUGAUAAGCUGCUCUGCUUUAAUAACAGUUGUUGCUGAUUGCAACUCACAUACUGUAAUUGUUAUUGCUCUUUUCUUCUCUUCAGUCUUCAUUUCUCUAUGGCUAAUGGUUACUAUACGCUUUUUUUC